GUGAACCGGACAGCAGGAUGGAGGGUCCGCCGGUGACCGUGGAGGGGGACUGGAGUCCCGCUCAGACCAAAACCCUGAAGAACAAACUGCAGCUUUACUUCCAGAGCAAGAAGAAGUCGAGCGGAGGAGAGUGCCGGGUGGAGGCGGAGGAAGGAGCACUGAGGGCGGCUGUUCACUUCAGCUCAGAGGAGGUGAGAGCGCGAGUCCUCGCGAGGAACAAUCAUGAGAUCAUCCUGGACAAUAAAACCAUCAAGUUACGGCUGAGUUCAGAACCAAGCUCAACAAACAGCAACGAAGCCUCAGACUCAUCAACAGACUCAAAGAAGCCACAAUCUGAACCUGAAAAUGAAGCUUCAGCUGCCAACAAAGAGGACUCAGAGUCGUCUCAGAGCUGCUCGGUGGUUUUGGAAAACCUUGCAGACGACAUGUCCACAGAUCUGCUGUCCAUGCUGGUGGAGAGCGUCUCCGGGCUGGAUGAGAACGGCUACAGCAUGGAGAUCAUCUGGGAAUCCAACAGCGUCGUGGUCACCUUCAGCAGCCCUGCAGAUGUGGAGAAAUUCGUCUCUGUAAGUCAGACCAGCACAAAGAUGAAGAAACGUGGACUGACCGCUCGGCCUCUGGAGGUAGCAACGAAUAUCCGAGUGGAGAGUCUUCCUUCGACUGUGCUUAAAGACAUGCUGGAGAUGUAUUUUGAGAAGACCUGGACUCUGCCUGACAAUAUCAUCAUGAUCCCAACUGAACAGGCUGCCAUCAUCACUUUCAGUGACCCUAAAGUUGUGGAAACGAUUUGUGUGAAAGUAGACCAUGACAUGAAGUCUGUCACUAUGAAGGUAUAUCCAUUCUAUAAAUCUCUGGGAACCGCCUUGUACGGCAAAGAACGACCAACAUGGAAGAUGCCCGAGCCCUUCACCGAGCGUGUUCACCAGAUUCUCUGGAAAUUCCUUGUGGAGAAGAAACUGUCAGCGCACAUCAAUGAUCAGAUGCUUCCACAUUUCUGCAGAGUGGACCUGAAUGACCCUGAAGUGAAACUCAGCCCUUUGCCGGAGUUUUUGAGGCAGCAAAAUCUGACGGCCGAACAUAUAGAUAACUGGAUGUGUAAAGCCCAAGAGGCUUUUCGCCACCUGAUGUCUCAGUACACAGCAUUUGAAUGUCAAGCAAAUGCACCGGGAUGGAAAGCUGCAGAGAAAGAUGUCAGUUUGGUUGUGAAGGAAGAUGCCGUCCUGGUGUUGGAUGCCUCCAAAGGGGUUCUGACUGUUGCUGGCCGAGCUGAUGAUAUAAAAAGAAUCAGGGCUCCUGUGGAGAACAUUCUUCUAAAAGCCAUGAGUCACAUUGAAUGGCAGACAAACAGCAUGUCUGAUGAAAUGGAUUUGUCCCCUGCUCAGUUCUACAUUCUGAAACAAGAAGGGCUCCAGAAAUCCACUGUGGACAUUUCACCUGAGAUGAAACUUUCUUAUGAUGAAGGCACCCAGAAGUUAACCAUUGCAGGACUCCCUGCAGAGGUUUUCAAAACUAAGGCGUGGAUCUUAGAGAAGAAUGUGAACAUGAGUAAAAAACCCCAGAAUGUCCCCCCAUGUCUUCUAGACUUUCUCAGAACACUGGAUCCCAUGGACAUGUCCCAGGAUCUCUUUACAUCUCAAGGCAUCAGUGCAAUCUACACCAUUGACAGCAAAGGGCUUCUCCUGUUGGGGAGUUCUGACAGAGCCCUCGCUGAUGCAGAAAGUAAGAUGAAGGCUGUUUUAGCCCACCAAACUGUGGAUGUAAAAGACCAGGAAGUUCUAAAUCUUCGUAAGUGGGUGGAUUUGAAGCAACAGCUGCUGGACACCUACAACCUGUCAAAGAAGAAAACUGUGGCCAUUCAGAUGCAUCCAGAGAGAAGAGAUAAAAUAGCAGUCGCUGGUUUUGUGAAUCCAGUGAAAGAGGUCAGCCACAGUCUGAGGGAGUUCAUUGAAAACUACUCACAAGUUCAAGAAACCCUUCGUGUUGAGUCCUGUGCUGUUGUUCAGUUCAUUGAAAGGAAGAAAACAGAGGAAUGGUCCAGUAUUACAAAAAAUUAUGAAGUGUCAGUAAAUUUUGAUGUAGAGAGGCCGAGGAUCAGCAUUGCUGGAGCUCAUCUUCAUGUCCAGAAAGCCAAAUCCUGCUUUAUGGAACUGGUCAGCACUCUCUUCACUGACAGCUUAACUGUGGACAAGCCUGGAGCUAAAAAAUAUUUCCAGACUCAAGGAAGCAUUUUCCUGUCUUCAAUAAUGACAGAGUUCAAAUGUGUGGUGCUCCUUCGACCAGAGAUUGAAGAUGAAGAUGAAGAAGUAGAGAAUUAUGAAGAAGAAACUACCUUUUGUUAUUGCAAAGUGCAGACCAUCAGUGGAGCUCUGAUUUCUGUCAGCAAGGAGGACAUCUGUAGCCUUACUGUGGAUGCUGUGGUCAAUGCAGCUAAUGAGGAUUUAGCCCACAUUGGCGGUCUGGCUUUGGCACUGCUAAAUGCUGCAGGACCACAACUGCAGAAAGAAAGCAAUGACUACGUCGCUAAAAAUGGACGCCUGCGCCCAGGUGAUGCCAUCAUAACAGAUGCAUAUAACCUGCCUUGCAAGCACGUCGUACAUGCAGUCGGUCCACGGUUCUCUGACAAGAAGACCGACGUGCCACGCCUGAAGACUGCAGUUAAAGAGAGCCUGAGACAAGCAGAGAUGGCUAACUGCUCCAGCAUUGCACUGCCAGCGAUCAGCUCGGGCAUCUUUGGUUUCCCUCUUGACCUCUGUGCUGAGACCAUAGCCCAGGCAGUUAGAGAGUACUGUGACAGCCCACAAGGUCUGAGGUCAUUAACCGAGAUUAACCUGGUGGACAACAACGAUAAGACUGUCAGAGCCAUGGCCACAGCUGUGAACAAGGAGUUCUCUGACCUCGGACCUACCAUGACCAUCCCACAGCACACAGGCAGCAAACGCACAGGGGCUUCAGGUAGAUAUCAGAGGGGUCGAGGCAGGGGAAGAGGUCAGAGCCAGUCAGAUGGUUGGUUUAAUGAAAGAGGAGGAGGAGGAGGAGGAGGAAGAGGAGGAGGAUCUCGUGGAAGUCAUCAGGGUAACAGGGGAGACUGGACGCCCAAAGAACAUACCAGGUUGGAGCAGACUACAGCUGAAGGACUGAAGAUCAUUAUGUGUGAGGGAAACAUUCAGGAUCAGUCUACUGACGUCAUCGUCAACACCAUCUCAGAGGACAUGAACCUGAAGCAGGGAGCUGUUUCCAAAGCCAUCCUGUCAGCAGCUGGAGACACACUGCAGGAUGCCAUUUACUCUGAAGCCAGAAGGUCCAAACUGCAAUACGGUGAUGUCGUCAUCACUGAUGGCUACAGGCUCAGAUGUCAGAAAGUCUUUCAUGCUGUUUGUCCUUUCUGGGACAAUGAAGGUGGCCAGGCAGAGGAGGAGUUAACAUCCAUCAUCAGAUCCUGUCUGGAGGAGGCUGAGAAGCAUCAGAUGGCAUCGUUGUCUCUUCCAGCCAUCGGUACAGGAAACCUGAGGUUCCCCAGAGCUUUGGUGUCCAAACUCCUGCUGAGGGAGAUCCACUCGUACAGCAGCAGGAGAAAUCCUCGCUCUCUGAGAAAGGUGGUCAUCGUGGUUCACCCCAGUGACGGCCAAACUGUGGAUUGUUUCUUCAGGGAGUUCAAUGGUCAGGAUGCUCCAAGGAACACCAAACAUGAAGCACGUGAUUUUAGUGAGUUUCCAGUCAAGUUACCAGCUCGACGAUCUACCAGCCAAUCACAACGCUCCUCAGCCUCCGUCGGUGUGUAUCAGAUGCAGUUGGGUCAGCUCACCCUUGAGGUGUCAUCAGGUGACAUCACCAAGGAGACCAGUGAUGUGAUCAUCAACUCCUCCAAUAAAACCUUCGACCUUAAAGCAGGAGUAUCGAGGGCGAUCUUGGAAGGCGCUGGAACAGCAGUUGAGCAGGAGUGUGCACAGAUCGUGCGUUCCAUGGGUCAGCCUCGUGCAAUGAUCCUGACCACAGCCGGGCAGCUGCCCAGCAAGAACAUCAUCCACAUCAUUGGCCAGAACGACCCGGAAAACAUUAAAGACACAGUUUACUCAGUGCUGAAGGUCUGUGAGGAGAAAAAGUUCACAUCCGUCGCCUUCCCAGCCCUGGGAACAGGUCAGGGAGGGGUCAACCCAUCAGCAGUGGCCGAUGCCAUGGUUGAUGCAGUGGUGAACUUUGUGAGGAAGAAGCAGCCGAGGUUCGUUCAGAGUGUAAAGAUCCUGAUCUUCCAGACGGGCAUGUUGACAGAGUUCCACACGAGCAUGAAGAAACAACAGGGAGAGACAGUGGAGGAGAAGAGUGUCUUUGACAAAGUCAAAGCAACAGUUCGUCAGUUCGCUUCAGUUCUAGGAUUUGGGACGGAGCAGCCCAGCAGUGUUGACUUGGUUCUGCAGAGGGAGGAGUUUGAACCCACAGUGUUUCAACUGUGUGGCGACAACAAAGAGGCUUUGAGGCAGACCAAGAAAAGGAUUAAUGAGCUGAUUCUGGCUGAGCAGGCACAGAAAACCAUCUCUGACCCGUACAUUAACCAGCUGUCACAGGCUGACAUGGAGGAGCUGAACGCUCUGCAGAGGAAGCUGACGGUCAGCAUCCGUCUGGACAAAGGAGCAGAAGACCAGGACCCCGAGAUCCACCUGGAGGGUCUGAACAGAGACGUCUUCACUGCAGAGUCUGCAGUUAGGGACAUCAUCCGGAAGGUUGAAAGGACGGAGAACUCGAAGAGACAGGCUUUGUUUGUGAGUGGGCUGGUAGAAUGGCAGUUUCAGGACCGUGAUGGGUCAAUGGUGACCUUUGAUAUCUUCACCAACCUCAAACUCGAGGAGGCUCUGGAGAAAAAACAAAAGGUGAAGAUCAAAAUCAAUAAAGAAGUGCACACCGCUGACCCACAGCUUAAAAAAGCAGUUUCAGCAAACAGGAAGAAUGUGGAGCUCAUUCGGAAAGAACUGAAAGAUGACAAUGCUCUGCCUCUGCCUUCAUUUUGGGAGGACAUGAAGGGCGACCUUGUGAAGCUGUUUGCUCUGACUCCAGGAUCUAAGGAAUACAACGACGUGGAGGGUGAACUGACAAAUGCCGGACUUCAUGUUAGCAUCAUCAGUAUCGAAAGGGUCCAAAACCCAACACUGUGGCAGAACUACCAGAUCCUGAAGAAACAAAUGGAGGUGAAGAAUAAACAUACCAACAAUGAAAAGCUUCUUUAUCAUGGCACCAAGGCCACGUCCAUCGAUCUCAUCAACAGCAAAGGCUUCAAUCGGAGCUACGCAGGAUCGAAUGGUAACUAAACCCUCACACGCAGCACAUUAACGACUCAUCUUUUAUCGUGUCGAUAUUUGCGUCUUUUGCCUUCAUUCACACUGGGCAGAGGACAGAUUUAAGAUUUUGCUGGUUUUGCCUUAAAACAAAAUAUUCAUUCAAAAGUAGGUAAAUUACUAUAUUUACAUUUUAAAAAAAUUAAAAAGGGCACCUCACCUUUGCCUGUGUAAUGAAAUUACUAAAAGUUACCAUAGGAUCCAGAUAAAAAUUGAGGGGACAAUUGUGCCACAAGCA